AGAAAUUGGAUUUUGAGGACUCCCUUUGUAAUGGGGCGGGUGGAUAGGAACUGUGCAGUGCAAGACCGACCCGGACCACUGCCAUCUCUACUUGGGCCGUGUGGGGUUUAUGGUUGUGGCCUCUGCAAUUAAUCGGUUGGCCAGUAGGGUUUUAGCAAUCAAACGAACGUUGUCUCUGUGACGAUUGACGAAGGACUUCAAGCCUUCCUCAGGCUCCGUAAGAAAGACAGCCCGAGAGGAAAUCGGAAAUGCAGACAGGGGGUUGUUUGGCAGAGCAUACGAAACAACCCUUGGGUGCCGGUUUGAACUUACGUCCUUUGCUUCCUUACUUUACUUCCUCCCAUGCUGGAUCGUCAGCGUGGAAAUUUUAGUCAACAGUUGUUUGUGUUUUACAGUUUCUGUUCUUGGCGAUAUUUUGUUGGUCUGUACGAGAUUAAAAACUGGAGUUCGAGAGGGACUGGGAUUGGUUUUGGGUGAGAAUUCCUGUUCCGAGCUCUGAUAUAAGGUACUUUAUUUUUUAGUUUCGGUGAAUUUGCGAUAUAUAUCCGUCCAUGGUUUAUCUGAUAUACCCAUGUGGUUUCAUCCAUCAGUUAGAGUAUUGGGUUUUCCCAGAAAACGCAUUAUUACUAGUUCUAUGAAGUCGGUUUCUACAGCGCUUGCCCGCUUGAACCUAACUGAAUCCUCGGAUUCAGCCACUGAUGAUGAAUGUAUUACUGCUUCCUCCUCUUCUUCUAAUACCGCUUCUACUUGUACAAGUAUUUCUGGGUAUAUCACCACCCACAGCAAGAACAUCACAUCUUUAGCUGAGAUAGAUUCGAUCAGGGUUGUUCAAAUCUUGAGCACUCUGAGAAAGGAUCCUAAGACUGCACUGUCCUUCUUUGCCCAGUUGAAGGAACACGGCUUUCCACAUAAUGCCUUCACGUAUGCAGCCCUUGUCAAGAUUUUAUGCUGUUGGGGUUUGGAUAGGAAGCUGGAUGCUGUCCUUUUGGAGCUCAUUCUUGGGUGUAAGAAGCAUCAACACCUGCACCCAGGAUUUGAAAUUUCUGAUUUGUUUGAAACACUUGAGGCAGAGGGGCUCCAGGUGAAUGAGACAUUGGUUAGAGCAUACAAUGCGCUGAUUAAAUCUUAUGUUACUAUUGGUAUGUUUGAUGAGGCCAUCGAUGUUUUGUUUCAAACAAAGAGGUGUGGGUUUGUUCCCCAUAUCUUUACCUGUAAUUUUCUAAUGAAUCGCUUGAUUGAGAAUGAGAAAGUGGACAUGGCUACGGUCAUUUACAUGCAUCUGAAGAGGUUAGGUUUGAGCCCUAAUGAAUACACGUAUGCAAUUGUGAUUAAGGCUCUCUGUAAGAAGGGUAACUUGGAGGAAGCUAUUCAUGUGUUUCAGGAGAUGGAGGAAGCUGGGGUUACCCCUAAUGCUUUUGCUUACACGGCAUAUAUUGAAGGCCUUUGCACCCAUAAGAGGCCGGAUUUGGGAUAUCAAGUGCUCCAAGCAUGGAAAGGGGCAAAUGCCCCUAUUAAUGCCUAUGCUUAUAAUGCGGUCAUUCGUGGAUUCUGUGGCGAGAUGAAAGUAGAUGAGGCGGAAAGUGUCUUUCUUGACAUGGAAAAACAAGGGGUGGUUCCUGAUGCAGAAAGCUAUGGUGCAUUGAUCCAUGGGUACUGCAAGGAUAGGAAUUUGCUAAAAGCUUUGGCUCUCCACGAUGAUAUGGUGUUGAAGGGCAUAAAGAGUAAUUGCGUGAUUGUCAGCCCGAUUCUUCAAUGCUUGUCUAACAUGGGAAUGGCUUCUGAAGCAGUCAGUCUAUUCAAAGAAUGUAAGGAGUCUGGUAUUUUUCUUGAUGAGGUUUCGUACAAUAUUGUGAUGGAUACUUUGUGCAAACAGGGGGAAGUGAAAAAAGCCAUAGAUCUGCUUGAAGACAUGAAAGGUAAGAAUAUGGUUUUAGAUAUUAUGCACUAUACUACCUUGAUUAAAGGGUACUGUUACCAAGGAAAAGUUACUGAUGCAUCAAAUCUAUUUGAAGAAAUGAAGGAAAGGGGUAUCAAGCCUGACAUUGUUGUCUAUAAUGUCCUUGCUGCUGGGUUUUCUAGAAAUGGCUUGGCAUCUAAGGCGCUUAACCUUUUGGGUGAUAUCAAGGCGGAGGGUUUAAAACCAAACUCCAUUACACACAACAUGAUUAUUGAAGGUUUAUGUAUCGGAGGCAAAGUGAAGGAAGCUGAGAAAUUUCUAAGUAGUUUAGAGUAUAAGAGUGUUGGUAACUAUUCUGCUAUGGUUAGUGGGUACUGUGAAGCCAAUUUUACAACAACAAAGGCCUAUGAUCAAGCCAAUUGUACAACAAAGGCCUAUGAUCUUUUUGUUAAGUUGUCAAAGCAAGGGGUUCUAAUUAAAAAAAGCUCCUGCUUUAAACUACUCAGUAACCUUUGCAAGGAAGAUGUCUGUGAUAGAGCUCUUGUGUUGCUUGAGACAAUGAUGGCAUUGAAUGGAGAACCUAGCAAAACGAUGUACAGUAAAGUCAUAGCUGCUCUUUGUCGGACUGGAGAUAUGAAAAAGGCUCGGUAUUUUUUUGAUAUUCUAGUCAAAAGAGGGUUAACUCCUGAUGUCAUUACCUACACAAUGAUGAUACAAGGUUACUGCAAAAAGAAUUGCUUACAGGAAGCCUGUGAUCUCUUCCAUGAUAUGAAGGAGAUGGGAAUUAAACCUGAUGUCAUCACUUACACAGUUUUGCUUGAUGGUCAUUGCAAAACAAAACGAAGGAGGUUUUGUUCCCCUGUGGAUGCGAGGAAAAAUGAGGAAAGGGAAAUGGAUGCUUUAACUAUCUGGGCGGAAAUGAAUGACAAGGAUAUAAGACCUGACGUUAUUUGUUACACUGUUUUAAUUGACAGGCAAUCUAAGACAGACAACCUUCAGGAUGCUAUUGCUCUCUUUGAUGAAAUGAUUGACAGAGGAAUAGAACCUGAUACAGUGACGUACACAGCUCUUUUGUCAGGCACUUGUAAUGAGAGAUAUGUGGAUAUGGCUGUGACCCGUUUCGGUGAGAUGUCUUCUAAGGGAAUAGUGCCUGAUACCCGCACCAUCUCGGCAAUUCUACACUGCGGUAUUAUAAAAGCCAAGAAAGUGCAAUUUCGGAAGUAAGCAGUGGUUGGAUGAACCCAAAAUCUAUUUUUAGUCAAGUAUAAAGGCAGAGAAGAAGUAAAGCUUUGUGCGUAGGCCACUUGGAAGUCAGUCAGCUGCAGUCACACUUGGGGAGGUGCUGCAUUAGGAAGAGCUAGCCGAUAUACUCCGUUGUAACAUCUCAUCUUUGCCCACGAAAUACCUGGGGCUUCCUCUGAAUGUUAUUUUUAAAUCAAAAGCUAUUUGGGUUAGGGUCGUCGAGAGAAUGGAGAAGAUUGGUUAGUUGGAAGAAGAUUUACUUGUCUCGGGGAGUUUGCCUAACUUUUAUUAAGGUUGGUGAUGUUUUUGUGAUAAAGCCACCAGGUUUGAACUGGACAUGUUGUUAGAGUCUGUGUACGAAACAAGCAAGCAUGUAGAACUACUGGAAAAGAUCAUUAAUUAUAAAAUCAAAACAGAUGUUCCAAUCUGUAUUUUGGACCACUUUGCAGCUCAAAAUCUCAGUUGCAUUGAAGGUUUAUAUGGUGAUAGUGGGCUUGAUGUGAUGGAUGUGUUGAGGAAGAAUGUAAGUCUUGCUUUGCCAGUUAUACUGGUGUGCUUGAAGCAGAAACAAGAAGAGUAGGCAAGUGUCAUUCUGAUUUUAAUGAAGUGUGGGCUGAAAUUUAUUGUAAGAACUAUCACAAAUCCCAUGAUCUCUCAAUCAAUGGUUUACAAAGGGCUUGGCAAGAAAGUGGUAUUGGCGCAGAUCAAAGAAAUUAGUGAAAAGAAGCGCAGGGAAGAGAUAAUGUGCCUCUUGCUAUUGCUGCUGGAAUAGACAAUCAGUCAUUCCAUAUUUGGAAUUUGAGUACCCUGAUCCAGACAUCCAUGAAGAUCUAUAUCGGCUCUCAAAAUAUUCGUGGGGAGAAGGGGAUAUAUAUAUAUAUAUAUAUAUAUAUAUAUUGGAUAAAUAACGUGGAGAAGUUUGUACAGCUGAACAGUUGGAUUCAUCCAGAUGGUGAAGAUGGGUUCUCCUAGGUCUCUCCAUUUCGGGAAGAGCGGACAGAAAGAGGAGGCCUUUGCUCUAUCUACGUUUUGCUCUUCCUCGGGAUGAAUAAGCAAGAAAACAGAUGGAGCAAUCAAACUACUGCACUAACGCGCAUCCUUUGUCCAUUAGUUCCCAAUUCUUCUAUCUGCCGUGCAUACAGUUCUUAAGGAUACAAUUUUAUCCAUGCAAGAGGCGGCAGCAUUCAAGUGAAGGAACCAAUGUGCAGGGGAAUGGAAGUUCUCCGCCCAUCAUGGCUAGGCCGUGCAGUGAAGCCGGAGGUCUAACUCACUGUUCGACGUUUGCAAGACUAAAAUGGCUUCCAUAAUUUGGCCACCUUUCAAACAUUUGGCAAGUGGUGUUUGGCUCCCAUGACUUUCUGGUUUCUUAUUCUUUUUCUUUUUUGGUUUCAUGAAACAAAUGGGUUUGAGAAUGUUGUGUAGGUUCUCAUGUAAUUGCUGAUAAGAGCGAUAAGAGUCAUCAACAUAUUGCAGCAGCAGCUCAAGUUGUUGUCGAAUUCAAUGGGGAUGGCCGUUAAAAAUGCCGUUGGAAGAGGUGCGAAUAAAAAGGCAAAUAGAUACGUUUAUUUAUUUUCUUCUUUUUCUAAGUUAUAGAUACGUUUGGUAUACAGCCAAAAAGUAUGAAAGAAAAUAGUCUCGAAAAUACAUACAAUUUUUUUUUUUUUUGGGUUUCAUUGAGUCUGUAAAUAGAAAAAUAAUUCGCAUUCGGCAGCAACAUCAAGGCAAGUCUGGUGGUGGUGGGCAUAUCCCGAUAUCCGAUUGAAAAUGAAACCUUACUUUUUCUUUUAUUUAUUUAUUUCUUUUUGUUUCU